CACUGCCAGCUCAUUAUUGAGACCUGAUAAAGACCUGGUUCUUCUGUCAAUCAUCACAGCACUAAUCCCAAGUCGUCAGGAUUCUUGAUCAGCAAACUGCUGGAUUUGAAACAGUAACUUGGCUCAGCGCAAUUUUUUAAUGAGAAAUAUGGGAAUAGGAGUCGAUGAACAAUGUAGCUCAAGAGUGGCCGACAAUUUGAAAUCAUGUAGGGCAAAAAUUCAAUGAACAUUACAAAGUGGAGUAAUAGCAAAGGCAAUAAUUUUUCUUAACAGUUUCCCUGUUUCGAACAAAAAAGUCUAUUAAUAUAUGAUGCAUUUGGUAAUUCUUGCAAUCCUUCAAUUACAACUGAAUAAGCUCAUUCCCAAAAAGAAACUGAAAAUUGAAGGUAUGAGUCGAUUUCAUUUUUUCUUCUUUCCCCUGAUGGCUCAAGGUCACAUGAUUCCUACACUUGACAUGGCUAAGCUCGUCGCUUCACGCGGUGUUAAGGCAACUAUAAUCACUACCCCUCUCAAUGAAUCGGUUUUCUCAGAUUCUAUUCAAAGAAACAAGCAUUUGGGUAUCGAAAUUGACAUCCGUUUGAUAACAUUUCAAGCAGUGGAGAAUGAUUUGCCUGAAGGAUGUGAACGCCUCGAUCUCGUUCCUUCCCCUGAAUUGUUCAAAAACUUCUUCAAAGCUACAGCUAUGAUGCAAGAACCAUUUGAGAAUCUUGUUAAAGAGUGUCGUCCCGAUUGUAUUGUUUCAGAUAUGUUAUUCCCUUGGAGUACUGAUUCUGCUGCCAAAUUCAACAUUCCAAGAAUUGUUUUCCAUGGCACAGGUUUCUUUGCUCUCUGUGUUGCGGAAAGCAUCAAACGUAAUAAGCCUUUCAAGAAUGUGUCAUCUGAUUCUGAAACUUUUGUUGUACCGAAUUUGCCUCAUCAAAUCAGGCUGACCACAACGCAGUUGUCUCCGUUUGAUCUAGGAGAGGAAGAGGCAAUUAUAUUCCAGAUAUUUCAUGAAGUCAGGGAGGCGGAUUUGAAAAGCUAUGGAGUUAUCUUCAACAGUUUCUACGAACUUGAACCAGAUUAUUUUGAACAUUAUACCAAAGUUCAAGAUAAUAAAUCAUGGGCUAUUGGGCCUCUUUCGCUGUGCAACAGGGACAUUGAAGAUAAAACAGAAAGAGGGAAGAAAUCCUCUAUCGAUAAACACGAGUGCUUGAAAUGGCUUGAUUCGAAGAAAUCAAGUUCUAUUGUUUACAUCUGUUUUGGAAGCGGAGUAAAAUUCACUGGAUCACAAAUUCAAGAACUUGCAAUGGGAAUUGAAGAUUCUGGACAAGAAUUCAUUUGGGUUAUCAGAGAAAGAAAAUUCAAACAAGAAAACGAAGACUCGUGUCUACCUGAAGGAUUCGAGGAAAGAACGAAAGAAAAAGGAUUAAUCAUAAGAGGAUGGGCACCCCAAGUGUUGAUUCUUGAUCACGAAGGUGUAGGAGCAUUCGUGACUCAUUGUGGAUGGAAUUCGAUGUUGGAAGGAAUAUCAGCAGGGGUGCCAUUGGUGACAUGGCCCCUGUUUGCUGAACAAUUUUUGAAUGAGAAGUUGGUGACUGAUGUUUUGAGAAUUGGGGUUGGGGUUGGUUCAGUGAAAUGGGAGGUAGCAGCAAGUGAAGGAGUGAAAAGGGAAGAAAUAAGUAAAGCAAUAAAGAGAGUAAUGGUGAGUGAAGAAGCAGAGGGAUUCAUAAACAGAGCAAAAGAGUAUAAGGAAAUGGCAAAACAAGCUAUUGAAGAAGGAGGAUCAUCUUACAAUGGAUUGACUAAUUUGCUGCAAGAUGCAAGUACGUAUGGUACUAAAAUUGAUUAGAUAUAUUUAAAUUUUAAUCUGAUUUCUAGUACUCGAUUCACAUGGAAAUGUCCUUUUAUUUUUGUUAUGUUUUAUUUAAAAACAUGUACUUUUUCGUUUUCAUUUAAAUAAUAAUAAUGACAUCGUAUGUGGAAGAAUCAUUAAGGUAAUUAAUAUCAUUGUUUAGUCAACAUGAUAUAGAAUCAUCAAAA